UCGUGAUGGAACGAUACACCGGCUUUAUGGAUACUGAGUCUCUGCGCUCCGAGCCGUCCACUGUCGCGCUCGACCACUACCCAGCCUCGCCUCCCCCGGAGGCACUCAUCGCUGGUUUUCCCCAUCCCCCGAGCCGGGCCCGCAACCACGAUGAAAAUCCCAAUCUUACGCCCAAACCGUCCCUCAAAACCCUUCGUCGUAAUUACAUGAUCCACGAUCUGCCUCUCCUCCACGAACCCAAUCCAUAUUACAACAAUGACACCGACCAGCAGCAAUUUCACCCGCUCCACGAACCAGGUCUCUCAUAUGAUUUGAUCGCACCGGCUCAGGCCGACGAUGCCGCUCCCCUACACAGUCUCGAGCGUCUCGCCGACCUGAUGUUCUCAUCUGAACACAUGCUCUCCAUCCUCAACCACCCACGUUAUCUUGCGCGAUUCCGGGAGUUCCUGCUCGAGGAACGCCCACGCUCACUCGCCCUCCUGACCUACUACCUCACAGCCCGCAAGGCUCUUCUCGCCAUUGACUACGCUAAUGCUCUCGUUCGGUCGGUCAUUGACGCUCCUCCAGCCACAAUCGCAACGCCCGAUCCGGUUGUCGGCCAAAUUGCCCACCCGGUGCUGCACCAGCGCGUCACUGAGGCUCUGCAAGCUCUCACAGCAGAAGAACUACCCGCCUUCAUCACGGCUCGCUGUAUCAGUCUGACCAGCCGGGUGGUCGAAGAGCGGGUUCGUGGAAACCUCCCGCCUAAAUUUCAAGGGGCAUCUGAUGCAUUGGCGGAGGUGUUCUGCUUGACAGAUCCUUCGAGACGGGACAACCCGAUUAUUUUCGCUUCAGAGGAAUUCCAUCGCACCACGCAGUACGGUAUGGAUUAUGUGCUCGGUCGCAACUGUCGUUUCCUACAGGGACCGAAAACCAAUCCCAACAGUGUGAGACGUCUUCGUGAGGGGAUCGCGGCUGGAAGGCACCAUUCCGAGCUGUUUCUGAAUUAUCGCCGUGAUGGUUCCCCAUUCAUGAACCUGCUGCAGUGCGCCCCCCUGUGCGAUAGUCGUGGAACAGUGCGAUAUUUCAUCGGCGCGCAGAUCGACGUCUCCGGGUUGGCAAUGGACGGCGCGCAGAUGGAAUCCCUGCGUGCAUUGCAGGCAAAGCAGCGUCGAGCCGAGGCCAAGGCAGAAGAAGACGCGCGGGAUGAAGACUCGAUGGAGAUCAUCCAGCCAGAAGAGGGCGUGGAAGAGGAGGGCGGGGUGCAGGUUCGCUUUGACGAAGAUAGUCAAACUCUCGCAUAUCCUCAAUCCCACCGGACAUUCAGUUAUGAAAAACAGCAGAUGACUCCUAACGGACAUCAUCGGAGUGAGGGCGAGUUCGGAUCGGUAGACGGUGAGAAGGACGAUGGCGAAGAUGACCGCCCAAAGGACGAAUUCCGCCAAUUGACCGAGUUGUUCAGUCCACGAGAGCUGAACGUCACGCAGGAGGUCGGCGGGACCCUCUUCCACCCCAGCGCGGUGUCAACCUCCGCCGGGCUGAUGGAUCGCGGCAGCUGGCAGGCGAUGAGCCGAACGUGGUCAAUGGUUGAGGACGAAGCGAUUCGGGAACGGGAACUCAAAGAGUCAAUGUGGAGAGGCUCGUUGACGGGAGUGUAUGAAAAUUACCUCCUCGUGCGCCCGUAUCCCUCGUUACGAAUUCUCUUCACUUCCCCUGCCCUGCAGAUUCCCGGCAUGCUGCAAUCCUCGUUUUUAUCACGUAUCGGAAGCACCUCGACCGUGCGUGAGGAGUUGCUGGAAGCACUGAAGGGCGGGCGGAGUGUCACCGCGCGAAUCAAGUGGGUGACGAGGUACAAUACCCAGGGACGCGAUCGAUGGGUACAUUGCACGCCGUUGCUGGCGAGUAAUGGUGAGGUAGGGGUGUGGAUGGUGGUGGUGGUGGAUGAUGAUUGAGCGGAUUCUCAUUACUCAUUGCAAAAAGGAGCGGGCGGUGUUCGG